AUGGCACACGCGGAAGCCGGAGGAUCUCUACCAGUGCCAAACGUGCAGGCACUUGCAGAAACCUACAACAGGUCAGAUGAACAGAUCCCUGGAAGAUACAUCAGGGACGAAGAGGGUGCUGAGGAGGUUAUCAUUGAUCAUGAUAUCUCUUCUGCAAUUCCAAUCAUCGAUGUCAACAAGUUGCUGGAUCCGCAGUCAUCCAAAGAGGAGUGUGCUAAGCUUGGAUCUGCCUGUAAACACUGGGGUUUCUUUCAGGUCAUUAACCAUGGUGUACCAAACGAAGUGAUCUGCAACUUCAGGAACGACAUGACUGAAUUCUUCAAACAACCACUAGAAGCAAAGAACGCGUACUCGAUGAUACCAGGCAAUCUUCAAGGGUAUGGCCAGCACUUUGUUGUUUCUGAGAACCAAAAACUGGACUGGGCAGAUUUGCUUGGCCUCGUGCUCCGUCCGAUCGAUUCAAGGAACAUGAGGUUCUGGCCUAGUCACCCUCCAUCUUUUAGGAACUCUGUAGAUAGGUACUCUUCUGAGGCAGCGAAACUAGUAUCUUGCUUGCUGAAGUUCCUGGCUAUGGACAUGGGUGUUGAGCCGCAGUCUUUCCUGGAGAUAUUCAGAGGCCAGCCUCAAAGCAUGCGGAUGACCUACUACCCUCCAUGCAAGCAAGCCAGCAAGGUGGUAGGUCUGUCACCACAUACUGAUAGAAUGGGACUGACGCUGCUACUCCAAGCAAAUGAUGUUCAGGGGCUGCAGAUCCGGAAGGAUGGCAAGUGGGUUGCCAUAAACGCCAUUGAUGGUGCAUUCAUCGUUAAUGUUGGAGACACGCUUGAGAUUCUAAGUAAUGGGAGAUACAAAAGCAUUGAGCACAGGGCCAUGGUGCACCCAACCAGGGAGCGCAUGUCAGCAGCACUGUUCCACGCGGUGUGCUCAGAUGCGAUGGUCGGCCCUCUGCCAGAGCUUGUGAAGAACGAUGGUGAGGCACGGUAUAGCUCAAUUAGUUUCGUGGAUUUCAGAAAGCGCUUCUUCGCGUCAAAGCUUGAUGGUACGAGUAACCUGGAGAGCUUGAAGAUUUAA